GGUGGCAAAUUCCAUUCGAAGAGUGUUCAUCGCGGAAGUUCCCAUCAUAGCCAUUGACUGGGUCCAGAUAGAUGCCAACUCCUCUGUGCUCCACGAUGAAUUCAUUGCACACAGGCUGGGUCUCAUCCCGCUCACCAGCGAUGACAUCGUGGAUAAGAUGCAAUACUCCAGAGACUGCACAUGUGAUGAGUUCUGCCCCGAGUGCUCUGUGGAGUUCACCCUUGAUGUCCGAUGCAAUGAGGACCAGACUCGUCACGUCACAUCCCGCGAUCUCAUCUCCAACAACCCCCGGGUCAUUCCGGUGACAUCUCGGAGCAGAGACAACGACCCCAAUGACUAUGUGGAGCAGGAUGACAUCCUCAUUGUGAAGCUGCGGAAGGGCCAGGAGCUGAGGCUGAGAGCCUAUGCCAAGAAGGGCUUUGGCAAGGAACAUGCCAAGUGGAACCCCACGGCAGGCGUAGCCUUCGAGUAUGACCCAGACAACGCACUGAGGCACACUGUGUACCCCAAACCAGAGGAGUGGCCCAAGAGUGAGUACUCGGAGAUCGAUGAGGAGGAUGCUCAGGCUCCCUAUGACCCCAAUGGGAAGCCAGAGAGGUUUUAUUACAAUGUGGAGUCCUGUGGUUCUCUGCGCCCGGAGACCAUCGUUCUCUCUGCACUCUCUGGCUUGAAGAAGAAACUGAGCGACCUCCAGACCCAGCUGAGCCAUGAGAUCCAGAGUGAUGUCCUCACUAUAAACUGAGGUGGCCCCUUGCAAGAGAUUGCUGAGGUGUGAGUGGUGCAGUAGGUCAUUGCCUCUGCCCAGCCGUGAUCUGGGCUGAGGCUUUUACCUUCCCAGCUCCCUCAGCCUUUCCUGGCCCAGCUCUGCUGGUUGGUGCCGCCUCUUUCCUGCCCCUCCUCAGAGAAAGCCAUCCGGAUGUGUAAAGCAGGAAGGGAAUCAAUCAGUGAGCAUCUUCACUGGGACAGGCUUUGUCUCUUAAGUGAUCCCGGAGUUCUAGACCAGAGUUUUGGAUUCUGGCCAUGUGCGUUUGGGAAGUAUGUACCUUUGUUACACAAUCCUACUUUACUUGUAUGUCCAUUCCUUACUGUGCUGAAUAAAGCCUUACCCC